AUGGAAACGAAAACUCUCCAAACCCUAACUCAACUCCUCAAAAACGACCAACGACUAGUAGUAGAUGGCAAUCUCGCCAAAAACAAAAUUAUUGAACUGGCUCUCCAAUUAGAUGCUGGAAUUUUAAAACUGAUUAAAUCUUCUUCUGAACUGCGGAAAAUAUUUUUUGUGGAAGUAGAGGAUAUCCUAGUUUUUGACAAAAUAAAAUUUCAAAACUUUAUCUCUAAUAAACAAUUCCUCCCUAAUAGUUUUACCCAAUACAAAAACAAAAUCGGACUAACGGCAGACCGGCAAUAUCUGGCUAAUAACGAAAUUGACCGCUUGCUAACGCCCAAAGUUUUAACUAAUUUUCAAAAAUAUGAAGUGGGAAAAGAAGUAGUAGAAAUGAACGAUAUUUCCCUGAAUGAUAACCUAAUUAUCAAAGGCAAUAAUCUCCUUUCUCUUUAUUUGUUAAAAGAAAGAUAUCAGGGUAAAAUAAUUUAUAUUGACCCUCCUUAUAAUACUGGUAAAGUAGCUAAAAAAUUACUUACUGCUGAUGGUUGUCUAAUUGUCGCGAUUGACAAAGACGAACAGGCUGAACUUACUGUUUUAUUAAAGGAAGUUUUUCGCGGUUACGAAAUCCACGUUAUAACUGUUAUUCACAAUCCAAAAGGAAGAACCCAAGCGACUGGAUUUUCGUAUAUUCACGAAGAAAUGUCUAAAAAUUGCUUUUAUCCCAUUCUUGUUGAAAAUGAAAAAGUGAUCGGCUUUGGAGAAGUUUUGGAGAGUGACAAGCACCCAGAAAAAUCUGUUGUAGAAAAAAACGGAAAGUUUGUAGAGGAGAUAAAAGACUUCAUGAGGGCGAGAAGAACUGGGAAUGGUUACAAAAUUGAGUUUAGCAAAGAUUUUGAAAUUUACAAAACUGUUUGGGAUAGCAAAAAAUAUGACGCCAGCUCCUAUGGAACUAAACUUCUAAAAGAUUUAAUUCCAGGUAUAAAAUUGGCUGCUGAUGAAAAAGAUUCUCGUUUUUCAAAAGUCAAAAGUAAUAAUUUUGACACAAAUGAAACUAGCGUCGAAUUCAAUUUUUUUGCUGGUUCUGGCACCACGGCUCAUGCGGUAUUAGAACUGAAUAAGCAAGAUAACGGGAACCGCAAAUUUAUUCUUUGCGAACAAAUGGAUUAUAUUGAAACCGUAACCAAAGAAAGAAUUAGAAAAGUUUGUGAAAUUGAUAAUAAAGGCUCUUUUAUUUAUUGUGAAUUAGCCAAUUAUCAGUUGGACCCGAAAAAUAUUGAUAAUACCAAGUCUGAUUUUGGAGAGUUAUCGCUUGCCAACCAACAAAAAUUUUUGAUUUCUCUGCUGGAUAAAAACCUCUUGUAUGUUCCUUAUUGUGAUAUGGAGGAUAAGAGUUAUAAGUUUUCUGAGAAGGCUAAGAAGUUAAAUCGGCAGUUUUAUGGGGAAAGAUAG